AUGGGAUCCUCCAGACCUGGCCUCAGAUUGGAUUAUGCAAAUGCAGGCGAUGGUCCCCAAUACCGCUACAAUGGAGGCGGCCAUAUAAUGGAGCGGAAUGGGCGUGGUUUGGGCUAUUCUUGCACGGGCCCCAAUCACCUGGGGGUCAAGGUUGCUAACGGGACGGCUCAUUGUGAUCUUGGGGCGCUCUGGAGGAAAGGUUAUUCUGGGCUAGGAGAGAGCGAGCCAGAAAAAAACAGUCUACGAGUCUCUGAGAGAAAACAUUUUUCUCUUUUUUUUUCGUUUAAUGGCUCAAUGGAUUACGGGAAACCUUCCUCUCUAA